AUAAAUCCUCAUCGGCAAGUAAGCACCUUGGCUCCGGCUGUUUUUCCUCUUGAGAGUGAAAUUUUGGCUGGAAGAUUCUCUAUCAUUUGGGAACGUGUAUGGAAUCUACGGGGUUAAUUGGAUUCUUAGUGCGAUAUAUUGGAUUUAAGGAACAUUUAUAAGAAAGACUUAGAUAUGACCCAACUGGUUGUUAAAAUUUAUGUACAAUACAACUUAUUCUAUUGAAUUAAGGACGUCUAGAGUCACUUCUAAUUGGAUUUAAACAAUAUUCCCUUGACUCUAGAAUGAAGCUUUAGAUCCUGAUCUUGUUGGCGGUUUGAUCAUAGCUUCAAUACUCAUCGCAUAAUUACUUUUCUAAAUAUCCAAAUAGGCAAGUCAGCAUCACAAAAGCCAAAAAUGAGUCCUGAUGGUGAAAUCAUGGCUUAUCAAGAUCUUGCCAAACUUUAUGAGGAAGUAACUAAUACUUCUCCUGUUGGAUGAGAAGAAGGGUUUACUAGCAAAUCUGAGUUCUUCUUGCGCUUUGAUUCUCCUGAAAUCUUGCCCUUCUUAAAAGCAAUUUCCAAGAGACUGCCUGAACUCGACGCUUUAAGAAUAUGUGAAUUUCCAACAGAGGAAGCUGAGAGUAUGAACAUGUUUUUCAAGAAGUACUUCCCGAAGACUGUCAGAGAGUUUUGGUUUAAUUAUCAAGGUGAUACAAGCCCCAUUACUCCUUUCAUCAGUGAACUUGGGCAAGUGAGUGCCAGAGUUACAAAGAUCCUAUGGUAUUGCCAGUUUGAAAUCAACCAGGAUGAGUUAGUCACUCUGUUCUCUCAGAACAAGUCUAUUGAGCAGUUCGGCCUCACUCGUUGUAACCUGGAUUUGACUUCAGUGCCAAAUCUUACUAAAGCCCUGGUCGGUAGUACUAUUAAAACUCUGAUCUUGAGCGAUAGCGGAGACUGCAACUAUGGAGAUUGGGAGGAAAACCCGACUCACUUUGAGAACCUGAUCGAAGGCCUAGGUAAAUGUCCCGACUUCAAGAAGAACUUGGAAGAGAUUGCUAUGUGCGGUAACUCAUUAUCCGAGAGCCACUGCGAGGAUGUGCUCAAGAAGCAUGGAUUUGAUAACGUCAAGAUUUGGAUCUAAACAACGGAACCUAAAAGUAUGAUAUCCUAAGCAAGGAUGACCUUCUGCUAC